GCAAUUGUAGCGCGCUUUGUGAAAACUCAUGUCAAAAGGAAACCUUAAGAAUAAAGCAACGCAUAUCGUUUUUGAAGAGGAAGAAGAAGAAGGAGGAGGAGGAGUAGAACAACUUUCAGGCAAAAAACUAACUUCUGUGGAAAUUGCAGCCUUAUGCCCUUCAAAGACCAAAUUAAUAGCAAAAGGGUUACAUAUUUCCCGAAUUGACAACCUGAAGUUCUUUUCAAGUUUGAGAGGAGUAGAUGUCUCGAAUAACUUUUUGCAAGAUUUGUCGUUUUUGAAAGACAACGUCGACGUAGUUUGGCUCAAUUUAUCACAUAAUCAGUUGACCCAGCUAAAUAACUUGGAAAAAUUGAAAAAUUUGGAAGUACUCAAUGUAAGUCACAAUCAGUUGAGGAAUUUGACUGGAAUAGAACAGUGUCAAGAGUUGAGGGCUCUCGUAGCAAACGAUAACAAAAUUGCAGUUCUAGACAGCUUUAUCAAGUUGGUCAAUUUGAACAGUCUUAUUUUGUCUCGAAAUUGCUUGCAAGACGUUAGCCCUGUUCGAUCCGUCGUUACAUUGAAAAAGCUAUCUUGCUCUCAUAAUCAACUCCGAAGAAUCCCCGAUUUAUCCCGUCUGUUACAACUAACAGAACUUCGGUUGAAUAAUAAUCUUAUCGACUCGCUUUCGUCAACGCUUGCUUCCAAUAGGAAUUUGAAAGUUUUAGACCUUGGACACAAUAGAAUCCGAAAUAGAGAGGAUUUAUCAGUUUUAAGACUACUACCUUGCCUAAAAGUCUUGAAUCUGGUUGGAAAUCCAGUAGCAUUGGAAGAAGACUUUCAACAAAGCAUCAUCCAAUUUUGUCCUCAGCUAGAACAACUUAAUGGCAAAGCUCUGGUUGUCAAUAAGAAGAAGAGAAAGCAUGCUUUCAUCAACCAUUCCGAAUUCCCUGGAAAUUCUAUCUCCAAUGACAAGCAGUCAUUGUGGGUUGACGAACAGCUUAGGUCAAAGAAGCCAACAAGCCAAGAUGUAUCAUUAUCAAAGUCGAAUGAAGCAGAAAAUAUCAAUAUAGCGUUCAAAGCGGAUAGUGGAUGUGUGGCAGUGGAGGUUAAGAAACCUGUUUCUAUUCAAGUGAAUAACUCACAGCGCUCUCAUGCGGAGCAACAAAAAGUACCACGCAUCGAAGAAAUCUUAACGUUUGGAAAUGGUGACUAUAAUAAGUGGAUUUGAUAUAAGAGAAGAAUCGGUAUUUUGUAACGUG